UGUAGAGACAACAGCCAUUAGAAUUGUUUGUAAAGAACUGUCCACGUAAACAGCGCCUUGAGACGAAUGUCUCGGAUUAUAUGCUUUGAUUCAGAGUCAACUGAAUCGGUCUCAUACUACCUACUAUGUUUAUUACCUUACCUAUGUGAUGUGGAUACCUCAGCUUGAAGUUUUACCGUCUGGAAGGGAGGUCGGGUAGGUGAAGCCUACUUAAGCUACUGGACAGCGUAACCUUAACUUAUGCUUGGUCUUGAGUAAACCUAGGCCUAGUAGCCUAUAGUAGCUAGGUAGGCUUAGUUUGUGUUGACAGAGCAACAUGUCAGUAUGGCAGUAGAAAAGAAAAAAAUGGAAGAAAAUUGUGAAGUUCAGGAUUCUCAGCAUACCAUUGUAUUAGAGGAUGACAAACAAGAAGGUUCCCAUAUACAUAAAAUGUCCGGAAUAGAAUGUAUUUAUGAAGAUAAUGAGGCCUGUGAUGAUGAUGAUGCAGAUGAUCCAAGCUUUUCAGACUUUACCAGAAGAGACAGCAAAUGUUCUGAGCAAGUUGAAUGUCUUAAAUUUCACAAGAAAUACAAAAACAAAAAAAGUUUAGCCUCACAUAUACGAGUGAAGCAUAAAGAGACCUUAGCUACAUGUGCUAAGAUGCCAUGUCUUGAAAAAGAAUGUGAUUUUCGUGCUUCCCGCAUAGCAAAUCUGAUCUCACAUCUAGUACGCAUCCACAAGAAAAAAUUCCUAUGUGAAAAAGUUACAUUCCAGCAUCAGGAAGAAUUUUGGCCUUGGAAGAGAAAAACUGAGGAACAAUGCAGGUCUACCUAUUCUGCCAUUACUUCAUCAAGAGAAUUGGCAUCUGGGGAUCGAAAGAUUUUUCUUAGAUGCAAUCGAAGUGGUUUUUCAAAGCCUUCUGAUUCAAAGUCUGCUGUGUCAUCUACAAACAGAAGAGGCAGCAUGAAAAUAAAUGCAGUUUGCACUUCUUUCAUGAGUGCAAAAUUUUUUAAGGAAGGGGGCGCAGUAGUUCAUUUUUGUAGAACUCACUAUGGACAUAAGGAAGAUAAUGCAGGCAUUAGAAUGAACGAUGAUGAACGGAAUAUGAUAAAGUCCUUGAUUAUAAAAGGUUUAACUGCUUCAGAAAUCAUUACUACAAUGAAAGCAAGGUUGCCUGCACAUCGUCAUCAGCUGAUCAAAUAUGGUAAUAUACGUAAUGUGUCAGUGAGACAGAACUUGCAACUAAACCGAAGCAAAGGUCUUCAUUCCAAGAAUGAUUUUGUUUUGGAGAGUAAUAAAUAUGAUAAUAGCAUUAAGUCGUGUGAUAUAGCAAUGAAUCUCAAGGUAGAAAAUGAGGUUGAAAUUGAAGCUGGGUUUUUAGAACCAGAGAUAGAAAUAUCUUUCCCAUCUGUCAGUUCACAAAAGCACAAUUCUGAAGUAAGUGUAAGUUUUCAGACUUACACUAAGGAACAACUUAGAAGUGAUGUUGUUACCAAAGCUCAAAAAAUAUCAGAAUUAGCUGUAGGCUUAGUAUCAAAAACAUCUCUUGUUAUUUUGAGUCAGAAGUUAGAUAGUAUUCUAAACUACAUGAAUGAUGAGGAGCAGAUACAAAUUAUUCCUGACAAAAUGGAAUCCUCAAGCAGCUGUGAUCAAAUUAAACACAUGUUCGAUGACCAAAGCGGAAACUCAAUUUCUCUCUUGUGUUCUGACAGAGAUGUUAAUGAGUUAUCCUCAGUAAAAAAUUAUUUGAAUUAGAUUCAGAUUAUUUAAGCAUAGUCAUUAUAACUAUUUUAUGUCUCUUAUGAUCCAACUUAAUGCUUUUGUGUGGGUCUCUCUUAAUAGCUGUUCAGAAGAGUGAGUGGUUUUUGUGUUUAUGAGAACCCUAUUUUACUUGAUAAUAUAGCACCAGUAAGAUUUUAGUAUUAAUUUGCAAAGGGGUUUUUAGAUUUACUCUGCACUAGUCGGAUGUGAUAUGUUACCCUUGUAGGAGCACCAUUUACUCUGACAAGUUUGUAUGAUCUUACGUAAUUUUCUGUGUAAUUCAAGUCCAAUACCAGAGUGUUUUAUAUCUUGCUGUAUUUUAUUUAAUUUAUGACAAAGGUAUUCCACUGAGAAAUAGGUGAUUAGUAAAUUUUGGAAAUUACUAUAGCAUAAUACAGAUGUGAAUUACAUAUUUGAUUGUACUGUAUUGUACUACAUACUGAAAGUAUGAAAUGUUAGUUUAAUGUGAGACCAGUAAUUUUGUAAAUGGAAUGAUAAAAUAAAAUUAUCAUUAUUAUUAUUA